AAGGGUAAAUAUAUCUUGCCAGUUUUAAUCCGUGAAUUUAUAUGAAUUGAAAUAAUGUAACUUAUACAUAAUGAAAAUAUAAAGCGUUUCAUGCGCAAGCGUUGCGUCAGCGGAAGUAGUGAAGCCAUCGCCCAAGAUAACGGUUACCUUUACGAUAGUAAUUUGGGCGAAUAGGGCAGUUUUUAUUUAGUCAAUUAUAAUUAGUAAUUUUAUAUUAUAUGUAGUAAUAUUAGAAAAUGUGUUUGUGAUUGUAAAAAUUUUAUCUCUAUAGUUAAUAUCCCCUACCAAACGCGGUACACUUUGGCAAGAUUAUGGCGGAAUGAGCUCAUAAAACUUGUCUUGUAAUUUAGUAUAAGCAUUAUAACUAUUGUGGAUUACAGCAGAAAUCAUUCUUGCCCUGUUAAACCACAGGCCUGAAGGAGAUGCGUGAGUACAAGAUCGUCGUCCUCGGAAGUGGAGGUGUAGGGAAAUCUGCCCUCACAGUCCAGUUUGUCCAAGGCAUCUUCGUUGAGAAGUAUGAUCCCACGAUUGAAGACAGUUACCGCAAGCAAGUAGAAGUUGAUGGACAGCAAUGUAUGCUAGAGAUAUUGGACACUGCCGGAACGGAACAAUUCACAGCAAUGAGAGAUCUGUAUAUGAAAAAUGGACAAGGAUUCGUUCUCGUGUACUCCAUCACAGCUCAGUCAACGUUUAAUGAUCUUCAAGAUCUUCGAGAACAAAUAUUACGAGUAAAGGAUACAGAUGAUGUGCCAAUGGUCUUGGUCGGCAACAAAUGUGAUUUGGAAGAAGAGCGAGUGGUUGGAAAGGAGCAAGGAAUCAAUCUUGCACGCACAUUCAACUGUGCAUUCAUGGAGACUUCUGCUAAAGCCAAAAUUAAUGUUAACGAUAUAUUUUACGAUCUAGUUCGACAAAUCAACAAGAAGUCCCCAGAGAAGAAACAAAACAAAAAGAAAAAAUCCCUUUGUAAAAUCUUAUAAACACUACUAGGCCUUGUAAAUAUAAAUACGUGAGUUGGCGGACUCGAACCAGGAUUUCACUUGUCACCGAUGUUGUUAAUUAAUUUUUUUUUACUCUGGUAAAUCUUCCACCUGUAAGAAGGAAGUGUAGUCUGCCUUCCUCUUCACUGCCAGCCAGUGGUUCGAGGUAGCACAUCAUAUCUAUAUUUCUAUCUUCAACUGUUCUAUUUUCUGCGCUAAAUCCUUAUAUUUUUAAUAAAAAAGUAUAUAUAUUUCUGUACACCCUCGAUAAUAAGUCGUUCACUAUUUUAUUAAUAUAUUUAGUUGCUAAGUUAGUAAAACUUGUUUUGGAUUGUGCCGCAGCAAAAUGUUAUUUUACCAAUAUAUAUGUUUGUAGUAUCUAACGCACAAAAGAUCAUUUAAAAGUUUAUUUUUAUUUAUUUUAUUUUGAAAUUCUAUCAGUUCUCUGUGAUAUCUCGAGAAGAACUGUUAUCGGUAUUGAAAUAGUUUCCAUUUCUCAGUUUAAAACUGUUGUAAAUAGUUCACUUUAGUCUCAUUCGGUCAUUUUAGACUUUAUCAGUAGAACAAAUGUUUCUAAAUUUUCUGGGAACGUCUUAUAUUUUAUAGUUUUUCUACUCUUGAUCUUUUUUACAAACAUUUAGCAUGUUAGUAACUGAAUGUACACAAUUUUUAUAUAGCUUCAAUUAUUUUACUAUGUAUUUGAGUAUUGCUUAUAUUUUAUCGAGAGAGUUAUAUUGUAUUAUUGUAUCAUUAGUCUACUGUAGGAAAGGAACGUGUCGAGGAUAACAAAUUGUUAACAAAUUUAUUGGAAUUAGCUUUAAGACACAAUUUGUAUUAUUUUCUAUCACAUUUUUGUGCUCUUAGAGUCAAACUCUUUAUUUGUCACAGUUUCUUUGUACAUAUAUACAGAGUAUGAACUGAUUUUAUAAUGAAUCUGAGUUGUAGUUGAGUAACAAACAUUAUCGUUGUUCAUCAUAGUAAAUUCUUGUAAAUAACCUUUAAUAGUAUAAUAGACAUUCACUUUUGAUUAUUUAUGAUUUGUUAUUGCAAAUACAUGUGAUGGUUUUUGAUAGUUUUUUAACUGCACUCUUUUAUGACCUUUUUGAUUUGUAAAGUACAUACAACAAUUUUCAUAGGGUUGGAUGGGUCGUUUAGCUGCAAACUUCCUUCACUACCUAAUUUAGAAACUGAAUGCUUUGAGUUGUUGCUUGCAGACUAACACCCUUAGAAUCAGACUUUGGAUACAUUUGUGUCAGUUGGUAUUUAACAUUUAACUCUAAUGUGUGUCGAAUCAGUGAAUAGAUUUUAAACCUACCACCGUUUAAUGAUAACUAAACAUUUACAAGUAUAAAAUUAUCCUGCAAAACAUUUUAUGUUAAAAAUUUUGCUGGAUGUUUUAUAGCAAGUGAUAUAUUUUUUAAUGAUUUAUUUUGGGUGUCAGACUAUGUAAAAAAAAACUAAACAAUGAAGGGGUGCAAUUUGAAUUCACUUCGUGUUAGUUUCAGGCAGAUAGUAUUUAUUCAAAUACAUCCAUAUCUGUUCAUCAAAUUUGUGUGAAUGUAUAUAUUGUUAUUAGUGUCAUUAAAAUUAUAUUAUUAAAUAAACUAUUUGAUGUAUUUUAAUAUUUCAUCUUGUGUUGACAUAGAUUUCUAUAAAAUUUAUGCUAAAGUACAAAACCUAACCUUGAAAAUAUAGUAUACAUAUUUACAAAGUUUCAUUCACCUCAUAAAAAUAAAUGUACAUAAACAACUAUAUUCUGAAUAAACAAAAAUAAAAUUAUACCUUAUCCAAUUAGGACAACCAUUGUGUUAAAGUGGUUAUGGUUAACCAUGAACCAAAAACUAUUUAAACUUGCCUUUCAGUACCAGAUCAAACAUCUUGUUUGUAAAACAAAGUUCUCAUGUAGUUUUUACCUCAAUAAAAUCAAUUCCCAUUUUAAUCCAUGAGUCUGUCACUUAUCAACUUUGUAUAAAAAAUUUUUUUUAAAUACUAGACGCAGGAGAAUUAAUAUAUAGAUUAAUGUCUAGCAGUUAGAUUCAUGAUGAUUGUGAUGACAAUCUUCACCAAGCCAAUUAAAUAGAAACAUUAAACUGUUCAAAACAAGGAAUACCUACUUUUUCAACCAAAUUAAAGUAGUUACAGUGUAGCAUUUCGACCUGGUGUGUCUUAAUGAGUUGGCAUUUAAAUAAUUGCAGUUUUAAAGCAUUUACGAUUGGUUUAUCUUUUAUUUCUUAAUAUUUGAGACUUGAUGUUAGUUUUUCAAAAUUUCAACUGUCACUUUAUUGAUACAAUAUAGCAUCAUUAUACACUAAUGUAGAUAAUUUAAAGGGAAAAUAUUCGAAAACUUCCAAGAUUCAAAUGAAAGAUUAUUUACCUGUAACUAUUUUCCUACAUUUGAAACAUUUUAAUAGUGUGGUUAAAUUUUACCCUAGGAAGAAUUUAAAGAAAGUUCUCGAAUAUUGGAAUCCAAUUAAGUUCAGAUUUGUCAGAAGUUGAGAGUUUUAUUUUAUUAGAUAUGCUUUAAUGAGUAAUUACACAAGUAUAAUAAUUUUGAUUAAGAUUCUUCUACACAAGCCAAUUAAUAUAUGUUCCAAACUGUGGUUGUGUAUAGAAUACCAUGUCAAUAUAUUGUAAGACAACUCAAUAUCUCUGAAACAGUACUGGGACAUUGUUGACAUGACGUACUUGAGAAAGCUUUUAAGUUGUUUUUCCAAGACAAAGAAAACACCUCAAAUGUAUUUUGUAUUUUUACUGUCAAUCUCUCCAUAUCCAAAGCCAAGGUUGUUAAGUAAACAGUGUAUCUUAUCUAUCACAAUCCAAAACAAGUGAAGGUUUGAGAUACGCCCCUCCACCAACUUUGAACAUACUGUAGAAUACUUAACCUCCAAUAGUGGUAUGUGGUAGUGAGGUUGUAACCUAAUGUUUCCAAAGAUUUAACAGUAAUAAUGCCGAGUGAGAGACCUCAGACUUACAAAGCUUGUCGUUAUUGUAUGAUUUGUACAGUUGUGUUAUAUCUUUCAAUUCACUUCUUAUCAUAACCCAUAACCUUGUACCAAUCAUUGAAAUAAAUGUAUGCGUAAUAACGUUGAAUAUUGUUAAUAUAAUAUACGAGUAUUGAAUUAGGCUAUUUAUAAAAUAGAUUUUCAAUCUUUUGUUGUAGCAGCAAACAAAUUUAUUUAUUAGGUUCUCUAAAUUAAAGAUGGAUUGAUUUGGAUGUGGAUUUUUUAAAGAUCUUAUAAACUGUGUGUGCAAUACAUAGCUUUUGUUUGCAGACUUAUAAUUGUAACAUAGCUUUUUUACUUUUGAAGUUAUCUGUUCUGUUUAUUACAUGUAAAUAACUGAUAAAAUAUGAUUUAAUAACAGUUUUGGUUUGAA